CGCACACCUUUCAGUUCACCGUUGUGUCUUUCAGAAGUGGCAGCGUAAACUGAACCGGGAUUUAACAGAACUAAAGUGAGCUUUUCGCCGGUCCCCAGCUUCCAAUCUGUGGUUUGUGGAAUUUUGAGCGUCAGGCAGGAGAAAAUACAAUUAGACAGCCCAAGGCUGUGCUUCAUCACUUCCUGUUUCUUCACAAGUGGCGAUGGUGAUUGACAGAUGAUCUGACCGAGGAAGACAUCAGACACUGUCUCUGUGCCAGUUAUCAUGGGGUGUACCUGUUGCAAGCAGAAAAAGUCUGCGGCGGUGGCGGCGGCGGCGGCAGCGGCGUUGGACGCCACAGACCUGUCUCCUAACAAUGUAGACACAGGGUUGUCUCCUGUCUUCACCCAGGAUCGUUACUGUCCUGACCCCACCCCCGGUAUUCCAGACUUCAAUAAGGGCUUCCCCUGCAGCUUCCCCAACACCACCACCCAUCAGUGGCCUGGGAGCACAAGUGGUGGCGUCACUCUCUUCAUAGCUCUUUACGACUACGAUGCUCGGACAGAAGACGACCUGACAUUCCAGAAAGGAGAAAAGUUCCAGAUCAUCAACAAUACAGAGGGCGACUGGUGGGAGGCUCGAUCUCUGGACACUGGCAACUCUGGUUACAUCCCUUCCAACUACGUAGCUCCUGUCGACUCCAUACAGGCCGAGGAGUGGUAUUUUGGGAAGAUGGGCAGGAAGGAUGCAGAAAGACAACUUCUGGGCCACGGUAACCAGAGGGGAACUUUUCUAAUACGAGAGAGUGAGACCACUAAAGGAGCUUUCUCUCUGUCUAUCCGUGACUGGGACGAUAACAAGGGCGACCACGUGAAGCAUUACAAGAUCCGUAAACUAGACAACGGCGGCUACUACAUCACCACCAGAUCUCAGUUUGACACUGUUCAGCAGCUGGUGGAGCACUACAAAGAGAGAGCAGCAGGGCUGUGCUGCCGUUUGAUUGGCAGCUGUAAACGGGGCAUGCCUAAGCUGGCUGACUUAUCAGUGAAGACCAAGGAUAUGUGGGAGAUUCCCAGGGAAUCCCUCCAUCUGAUUAAGAAACUGGGCAACGGCCAAUUUGGAGAAGUCUGGAUGGGCAUGUGGAACGGCACCACCAAGGUAGCAGUGAAGACUCUGAAGCCAGGAACCAUGUCCCCCGAGGCCUUCCUGGAGGAGGCUCAAAUCAUGAAGAGGCUUCGCCAUGACAAACUGGUGCAGCUCUAUGCCGUUGUCUCCGAGGAGCCUAUCUACAUUAUCACUGAGUUCAUGAGCCAAGGAAGUUUGUUGGACUUCCUAAAAGACGGCGAGGGCCAGAACCUGAAGCUGCCUCAGCUGGUGGACAUGGCCGCACAGAUUGCGGCCGGUAUGGCGUACAUUGAGCGGAUGAACUACAUCCACCGUGACCUGCGAGCGGCUAACAUCCUGGUGGGAGACAACCUGGUGUGCAAGAUCGCUGACUUUGGUCUGGCCAGACUCAUUGAGGACAAUGAGUACACAGCCAGACAAGGGGCCAAGUUCCCCAUCAAGUGGACGGCUCCAGAAGCUGCAUUAUAUGGACGCUUUACCAUCAAGUCAGAUGUCUGGAGCUUUGGUAUCCUACUAACAGAGCUCAUCACCAAGGGACGUGUACCGUACCCAGGCAUGAACAACCGUGAGGUGCUGGAGCAGGUGGAGAGGGGCUACAGAAUGCCCUGUGCCUCGGGCUGCCCCGCCUCGCUCCAUGAACUCAUGCUGCAGUGCUGGAGGCGAGAGGCCGACGAGAGGCACACCUUCGACUACCUGCAGUCCUUCCUGGAGGAUUACUUCACCGCCACGGAGCCGCAGUACCAGCCUGGAGAAAACCUGUGACGGCACACGUGUGGGAGUGACAUGGAGUGAUAAUGGAGCGCAGCCCCCCCCCCCCCCCCAGACACAGACAGAUGUACGCUGACAGUCAUAUCGUAGUGCAUUCACAUUCGUUGUCGUACACUGUACAUAGAGCGGCACUCUCAGUAUACAAACAUAUCAUUCCCUUGUCUUAAUUGUUCAGGGACACUUUUUGUUUUCCUUCUUCGGCACCGCAGCCCGCUCAGGACAGCUCCGUCGACUGUGUUGAGGAGCAGAGUCGGAGCUCUGCUGCUCAGGCCUUGCAGUGAUGUUGCUUUACUCUGUAACCAUGACAACAAGGAACUGCAAGAAGAUGUAGAUGGUUGUGCUGAGGUGGGGGAAGUGGAGUUGGUACAUGGUCUGUUCAUCUACCACAUACGUGCCUUUCUUUCUCCGAGGACAGUGUCAUCACAGGGGACUAGCUCUUUACCUGAAGAUAUUUUAUUGGUUUGUUUGUUUUAAGAAAAAGUAAACCCAGAUCCAACAGGUUACUGUGCAAAAAAAAAAAAAAAAAUGAACCCAGUGAACCUGAGCAGUAACUGGGUAGAUUAUGUAUAGAUGUGUCUGACAACCACUCUUAUGUAAGCUUCAUGUCUAACUACUGAAAAGAAAGGGGUUUGUUUUUAAUGAAAAACAAAACUUUUAUAUUAUUCAGAAAGAGAAGGUUUUGAACUUGAGCUAAGAUGCAUGUGUGUUCAUGACACACCCUGAAGUGGUCAAACAAACGUCUGUUUCAGAUUUUAAAUAUCAUUUUUAUACUCUGUUACCAAAGUCUGAGGAAUGCUCUUUGUUUGACUAACCACUCACCACAGUGUUGUAUGAACUGUUUCUGCUGUUGUUGUAAUUUCCUCAGAUAUAUGUCAGUGCACGGGGCCAGCACUUCUGCAGUGUAACCGUACAGUUACCAUGUAUACAGUGUCCUGCUGGUGGGAGGGCAGGGUGACAUGUUACACACACACACACAGAGAAGGAUUCUAUUUUAUUGUCUUAAGAAGAAAAUGCUUCUGUUUAGAUAUCUCUGUCAUGAUAUUAUAAUAAAGAUUAAUUUUCCUUCAAAUUAAAGUGCAGGUCACGUCGGUGGUGCUCUUUAGGUGGUCAUUGUUUUAAACAACAUUUCACUUGUGGUCCAUGUGGGGCAGAUGCAGGCCUUUAGUGGUCCACACCUGGUCUUGAGGUAGCCAGAAUGUGGGCCACAUGUUGGGCCUAAAUUAAACCACAGCAGUGAGCUUCUGCUGGACAAACUGAAA